CUGGUGCUGCUGGGUGGGCAGGCACGUCACUGGGAGACGUGGGGAAGGACACAGAGCACGGGGGCUGUCCCUGGAUGGCAUCCACCAGCUGGAAUAUAUGUCACGUUCCAGCAUUAGUUACGGUAAUUGGCUGUGGGAGGCCGUGCUGGCGCCUGCUCUGGCUCGAGGGGGAAUGUGAGCAGCUCAGGUGUUUGAUGCUCCGUGUGUGGAGGAGUCCUUGUCCUCACUUUGUCAUUUGUCCCCAGCCCACAAACACAUCCCCACGUGCCUGCAGGGACACGGCCCAUGCCAGGCACACACACACACGGGGGUGUGUCCCUCUCUCCAGCCCCAAAUUAUGUGGUGGUUACAGCACCCGGCUGGGAGGUGAAAGCCUCAGGCAGAGUCUGGCCCCAGCGGGGAUGCUCUGGAACCUUGUAAAUUAAAGGGAGCCCUUGACCACAAGGCUCUGGCCCCGGGGUGGCCACACUGGUAUGUGAGUAAUGUGGGCACUCCAGCAGGACAGAGGGAUGGAUGGAGCCUGGGCGGCUCCUCUGGCACGGGUCAGGCAGGACCCUAACUCGUCCCCACAGGUUGGAGUCUGCAGCAAGACCUGGAUGUCCCCAGGCAUCCUCCUGGCACUGCAGUGCAUGGACCACCUGGCUUUUCCCACCACACUGGGACACGAUGCCCGGGGACAUCCUGCGCAGCUCUAGAACCCAUCACACCGAGCAAUUAGCACAAGGGAUUGGAUCAUCUCAGUAACCCCGGUGCUCAGGACUAUCUCAGUGUCUCUUAUCUUUCCCAGAGGCCCAGGAUUAAGCUGUGGUGAUGAAACAGUGCAAUGUCCGUCUGUCUGUCCUUGCUUGCUGUCUGUUGAGCACCUGUGCAGGUGCUGGAGGGGCUGAGGGAGUAGGGAGGGGACAUGUGUGGGAGUCAUGGAUUAAAAGAGGAGAGGUCAGGCAGUGCCCAAAGCAUCAGCAUCAGUAUUGGCAUUGGUGUUGGCAUUGGUGUUGGCAUCGGCACUGGGAUCAGUGGGUACGGCACUGGGACACCUUGAGGCCACCUCUGCCCCCCACAGCCCCAAGCCACCAAGCAGGCAGCAGGACAUGGGCAGACCUGGGGCUGAGGGCAGCUCUGUGAACACUGGCUGGUGGUGGAGCACAAGGUGGGGCAGGUUUGGGGUCUGCCCCCCAUUUUGCCCCGGGCAGUGCUGUCUCUCCUCCUUGGGGAACCAGCAGCUGCUCCAACCGGUUUGUGGGUCUGGGCGGUGACACCUCCUGCCCGAGGCCUGAUGGAGGGCUGGGAAGUGCUGGUAUGGAUGCCAAGGAGCAAACAAGAGCUGCUUGUGUCCUGCUGGGCACGGAGCCCGGCAGCGGGGGGGACGGUGUGCUGCUCUCCCAGCAUGGGGCCGUGGGGGGCCUGAGACUGGGCUGCUGCUGGAGCAGUGACUGUGAGCUGGGGGCAAACUGAGGCACGAAAACAUGGAGGAACCCAUCCAGGUGAUGGAACAGAAGGUGCUGACGGUAAUGGCAGAGACAUCCCGGUGCCUGGACACCGGCUCUUCCCCUUCAGCAUCCCGGGCUGAGCCCCAGCGCUGCCCUUGGCACUGCCUGCCCACAGACAGCAGUGGGAUGCACUCCUGCGCCUGGGUGGCCUGAUCCCGGUCCCCUGUGUCCUCCUCCGUGGGAGCAACUGGGAUAUUAAGUGUCAGCGCUGGAGGGAGAAAUACAAGCGGAGGAAUCCCGGGAAACUGGUUUUACCCCUCCGUCCGGUGCCGGCGGCAGGACGGCGGCUGUGGCGGCGCUCCUCCCUCGGCAAAGGCAUAUAAUGCCUGCCAUGGUCCCGGGGGCCGGCACUGCACGGCGGGAGGCGGGCAGGGGUGCCGGGAGCGAGCCAUGGCCUCCAUGGGCAUGCAGGUGCUGGGCAUCGCCCUCUCCGUCAUCGGCUGGUUGGCCUCCAUCCUCUGCUGCGCGCUGCCCAUGUGGCGGGAGACGGCCUUCGUGGGGAACAACAUCGUGGUGGCCCAGAUCAUCUGGGAAGGGCUGUGGAUGAGCUGCGUGGUGCAGAGCACGGGGCAGAUGCAGUGCAAGGUGUACGACUCCCUGCUGGGCCUGCCACAGGACCUGCAAGCCGCCCGUGCCAUGGUGGUGGUGGCCAUCGUCCUGGCCAUCCUGGGCACCCUGCUCGCCGUCGCCGGCGGCAAGUGCACCAACUGCGUGGAGGACGACACCGCCAAAGCCAGGGUCAUGAUCCUCUCGGGCAUCAUCUUCAUCGUGGCCGGCGUCCUCAUCCUCGUCCCCAUCUCUUGGUCGGCCAACAGCAUCGUCCAGGACUUCUACAACCCGCUGGUCGCCGACUCCCAGAAGCGGGACCUGGGCUCGUCCCUCUACAUUGGCUGGGCGGCCUCUGCUCUGCUGCUGCUGGGGGGGGGGAUCCUGUGCUGCACCUGCCCCCCCCGGGGGGAGAAGCCCUACUCUGCCAAGUUCACGGCCGCCCGCUCGCUGCCAGCCAGCAACUACGUGUAGGAGCCGCCGCUCCCGCCUGGACCCCCCGGCCACCGCAGGGAGCUGGGACCUCCCGGACCCGCGACCCGCCCCCCCGGCCGGGCUGGGGCUGGCCGGGCGCCGGGGCAGUGCGAGGGAGGGCAGACAGAGCUGCCUUUGUUCUGCCUGGAUUGGAGCCGGUUCUUUAAUCUCGGUUGAGACAGGGAACAAGGAGAUCCUGUCCUGGCUGCCCGCGGCGGGGGUCCUGUUCCCCCCCUCCCGGAGCAUCCAGCAGAGGCAUCUUCUCUGAGAUGCCACCCGAUCCCCCCCUCGAGC